GACUACCCCUUCGGCGAGGCGGAUGGAAACCGAGCCCCUCGGAGGACCUGCCCCCGAAGUUCUGGCCCAAAUCUCCACCGUGAUCAAGGGACCCUGAAGAAUGGCCGAGCCGUGGGGGAACGAGUUGGCGUCCGCAGCUGCCAGGGGGGACCUAGAGCAACUUACUAGUUUGUUGCAAAAUAAUGUAAACGUCAAUGCACAAAAUGGAUUUGGAAGAACUGCGCUGCAGGUUAUGAAACUUGGAAAUCCUGAGAUUGCCAGGAGACUACUACUUAGAGGUGCUAAUCCCAAUUUGAAAGACCGAACUGGUUUCGCUGUCAUUCAUGAUGCAGCCAGAGCAGGUUUCCUGGACACUUUACAGACUUUGCUGGAGUUUCAAGCUGAUGUUAACAUCGAGGAUAAUGAAGGGAACCUGCCCUUGCACUUGGCUGCCAAAGAAGGUCACCUCCAGGUGGUGGAGUUCCUUUUGAAGCACACAGCCAGCAAUGUGGGGCAUCGGAACCAUAAGGGGGACACAGCCUUUGAUUUGGCCAGGCUCUAUGGGAGGAAUGAGGUCCUUAGCCUGAUGGAGGCAAAUGGGGUGGGGGGAACCACAGAUCUGCAUUGAGUACGGGGAGGGCUUUCUCACAUUGCCUCUGCUUUGUGGUUGGCUGCCUUGACUAUUUUAAUAUCAUUCCUUAAGAUAGUUUUUUUUUUUUCAUACUUUAAGCAGCUAGUUAAAUCUUCUGAAACUGCGUAAGUAGAAUUCUUACUACAGGUUUAUGGAUAUAUUUAAGCAACAUUUUUUUCCCAGUGGCAAAAAUCCUGAUUUCUAACAUGUAAUUGAGAAUAGCUUUGCUUUCUUCUGAACAUUUUAUCCUACUUUGACUUUUUCUUUGCUUACCUUUACCCUUUUGCUGAUCGCAAUAUCCAACUUGAAGGCUUUGUUUUUAAAAUGGUUUGCGCUGAUGCUUCUUUUGCCUAAUUAAAAUACAUUUUCAGAACAGGAUAAUGUUUUUCUGUGAUUUUCCCUCUUCUGUAACCCAUACACAACUUAAUACAACUAAGAACUGUUCUAGAAGUUCAUGUUUUAAAACUUAGAAAGGUAGACCAUUUGGAAAACUAAAUGUAUUUUGUUUAUAAUUCAGUUAUUCUUUUCUUUCUCUCCCCAUCCCACCGCACACGUUUACUUGCUGCCUAGUAUUUCUGCUUUAAAACAAAAUAAGAGUAACAUUUUUUGAAGAUCAAACCUGAAAUCAUCUCUGUAUGAAUUUCUCCAAAUGUUCAAUCUUCCAUUUUUCUCAAAGUCAGAUCGUUGAAGUUUCAUAAGUAGUGAUCUGAAGACAAAUAUGUAUGAGCUCUGAAGCUACUUUUUAAAAAACUAUCACCUUAAAAGUACUUGCCAUUAGUUGAUUUUUAAAAUUACAAAAUGAAACAAUUAAGUAAUAUAUUUCCCAAAAUUGUACCAUAAGUGUACUAAGUGUAAUGCCUUUUUCUUUCUGAAUGUCAGAAAUGUAAAAUUACAAAAUGUUUAAGGAUUAAAAUAAAAUGUAAAUUGCAAUUUUUAGGUGAUAAAAGACUCAGCAAGAAAAAAUGUAUAAAUUACAUAUAAAGGUCAUAACUGUUUUAGGGUAUACAGAAUAAUGGAUGUAUAAUCUUUUACAAUGAAUAAACAAGCCACUCUACCAUAUGGUACUUGACUUCCACAAAACAUUUCUGUCAGGAGUUUUAAAUCUUUUAUGGAAAACUGUUUAGCUAAAAAAAAAAUUCAAAUGUUGAAGAAAACAGAAAGAUCUGAAAUAUCCAGGGAGCUAUCCCUACAUCUGCUACUUACUCUGUCAUAUUAAAGAUUGUUACCAAAGGA